AGCCAGAGCCAGAGCCAGAGCCAGAGCCAGAGAGAGAGAGAGAGAGAGGUGUUAAAACGAGUGAGGGCUUCUCUCAAGCUCAGCAGCGCUCAGUCGGAGCCGGCCGGAUGCUGCGUCUGGACCAAUCGUCAUCGCCACCAUCAGCCUUCCCUCCCUGGGAUGCGCGCCGGGCUGGAAUGUUGUGCCAUGGAUGAUAACGCCAUGGAAUUCCUCAGUCACAGCUAAAGAAGAAAAGAACGGCGAGCCCCGAAAGAAACGACAUGACGGGACGGCGCGCCAGCCGGGACGGACCCCGCCGUGUGGGAGGCUCGUGAAGAACAAGAAGAAGAAGAAGGAGAAAAAGUAGACAAGCGGCAGUUGAGUUUUUUUGGUUUUCAAUAAUUAGGAAGGAAGACUCGUGGCUUUUCAAGCGUGGCGGAACAAUGCGCGGCUUCAUUCUGCUGCUCCUCAACGGAACCGCUUGUUUGGUGGCCCUGAGUCAGGAGGACGACUCGUCGGGCCCCAAGAGCUCCUCGCCCAAGACGGUGGGCCUCCUGAGCGGCCAGGCCGGCGUGUCGCCGCUGAGCCGCUGGAUGCUUCACGGCAGAGGGCGAGCGGCCAACGCCACCUCCUUGGAGCUGCCCUACCGCACGCCGGCCGCCUUCUCCAAGCAGGAGUUUUCCAAGCAGGAGUUCUGGGAGAUGCUGGGCAGCGAGCCGGCGGCGAAGGGGGACGCCUCCGGCUCGCGGGUCAAGCGGCGGCCCAUCGUCAAGACGGGCAAGUUCAAAAAGAUGUUCGGCUGGGGGGACUUCUACUCCAACAUCAAGACGGUGCGGCUCAACCUGCUGAUCACGGGCAAGAUCGUGGACCACGGCAACGGCACCUUUAGCGUCUACUUCCGCCACAACUCCACAGGCCAGGGCAACAUCUCGGUCAGCUUGGUGCCGCCCGUCAAAGCGGUGGAGUUCGACCUGGAGCGCCAGAGCGUGGUCUACCCCAAGGACUCCAAGAUCUUCAACUGCCGCGUGGACUACGAGAAGGUGGACCGCAGCAAGCGCACCUCGCUGUGCAACUACGACCCGUCCAAGACCUGCUUCCAGGAGCAGAUCCAGAGCCACGUCUCCUGGAUUUGCUCAAAGCCUUUUAAAGUCAUCUGCAUCUACAUUUCCUUUUACAGCACGGACUACCGCCUGGUCCAGAAGGUUUGCCCGGACUACAACUACCACAACGAGAUGCCCUACUUGCCAUCGGGCUAGGCGCGCGGGAGUGGCUGGAUGGCUGGCUGGAUGGCUGCUGGAUGGAUGGAUGGAUGGAUGGAUGGAUGGAUGGAUGGAUGGAUGGAUGGAUGGAUGGAUGGAAGGAUGGAUGGAUGGAAGGAUGGAUGGAAGGAUGGAUGGCGCCUUGCUUUUUCCAUGCCACCCUGUAGCCUGUCUGGACUCAAAGAUAGAUCUAUCUAUAUAUACGUACACUAACUAUAUAUAUACUAUAUAUAUAUGCAAAAGCCAAACAAUAAACAUAUGCACAGAACGUGGCAGCCGGGUGGGGAACGUCAGCGUCAACAAGUUCUUACCUCAACACUAGUCGGUCUCCAUCGAGUCCAGUCAAACAAAUUAAGCCCAAAAUUGCCAGAGCACGGUCCAUUUGUAUCAGCCUGUGCCUUUCUCAAAGAAGUAGGACAUGGGAUGCACACCCUCAACUGAUUCCCGCCCUUCCGUCACCCAAACAUGGCCCAGCAAAAGUGAUGUGGUAGCAGAACCAUUUGAGCAUUUACUUUCCUCCCAUUGAAUGUAUAAGGAAUGCAAAAAGGCUCUUUAUGAGUUCCGUUCCGACACAAUUUCUACAUUAGAAAUUUGGGGACUUUUUUUUUUUUUAAUAAUGUGUACUGUACCAAAAUAAAACGGCACCAUUUAGUGGGGGGAAGGCAGGCUCAUGUAAUUCAAGUAACAGAGCACGCGCCCGAGUCUUUUGUCCCUGUGUGUGUGCAGGGGGAAAAGAAAAAAAAAAAAGAUUACAUUUUGUUGCCGUCAGGAUUUCUGAUUUCACGCCUCGAUAACUUUGACUGUUACCAGCGAGAUUGCUGCUUCCUAACAAACACGCUCGCUCGCUCGCUCGCUCGCACUGUUAUCGGCCAGAAAACAAAAAUAUUAUCAUAAUAAUUGCGUCUAAUUUAAUCUCCCUUCGAACUAAUUAAGCUUUCACCGAGGGGGCUCGGACGUAUUCCUGGAUGGCUGGCGGGACGUUAUGUUGCGGGUCCAAGUUCAGCUGCGAGUUAAACAGGCUUAUUAAGAUAAACGGCCAGCCGGCCGGCGGCUGACGGCCAGCCGGCCGGCCGGCGGCUGACGGCCGUCAUAAACAACAGCAGAGGCCACGACGGAGCCGUGAAUUCGCCUGGCUGCCAUCUGCUAAUCAUUUGGACAGCCCUCCAAUAAUCACAACCAAAUUCCUAUUAUGACAUUCAAUUCCCAGAAAAGGGCAGCCUAAAGUUAUUGCUUGCUUUCUUUUUAUUAGCCCAUCUUUGUUGAUAAUUACACCUUUGUUUGCCUUACGGAGCCGAAGCCGAAUCAGCAAGAAACAAAAACACACACAUCCGAGCAGAGUAUGCCGCAGUGGCCGAGGAAGAACCUAAUAAAUUAUGGUAUAUAUAUCUGCUGACUGGCGCUUUUUUCCCUUAAAAAAAAAAAAAAAAAAAAAAAAAAAAAAAAAAAAAAGAUUGUCCUUUGCAGAGGCUUAAAAUGCCCCAUUGCUGGCUUUGCAACAUAAGAUAGUGUAAAGCAUUUGUAAAGCUCAGCGGUUAAAAAGGCUCUUUGGACUGGAAUCAACUCGAAUUAAUUCAGGAAGAAUGGGAGGGAAAAUAGAGCUUGAACAAAUGUUUUCCUCAGCCCCGUGACCUCCCGGUGCCUCCCGUCAGCGAACACCGCCACUGUCCGACACCGCCCGCAUCCGAGCCAGCUAAUCUCCCCCGCCCGGUGAGUUUAGCGCCAAGAGCUCAUAUCGAUCGAUCGAUCUAUCGAUCUAUGGCGUCAUGAAAGUGCACCCAACCUGUCCCGCAUUCAAAAUAAGACUGGAUUGUGGCAUCCCGUCCCACGCACGCACGCAGGCACGCACGCACGCAGGCACGCACGCACACACACACACACACACACACACUAGAGGAAUGGCGGGUGGUAGCCCCAUCCAUCUUUAGUCAGGCCCAGUAGCCAAGUGCUGGGAUUAGCAGCAAUAGGCAGGCAGGCUCUGGACCUCCACGCUUGGCCUUAGAGACUGCCACACUUCAGCAAAUGGACAGCAACAGAAAGAAAAUCUGUAAACGCUCGUACUAUAUGAAAGAAAAAAGAAAAAAAAAAGACAUAUACUAUAUAUAAAUAUAAAGACUCCGAUAUGAAUAAAGUGGUAUUUAAAUGUGGGCUUUUUGGUUUUGUUUGUCACGUGGAUGAUCAAGUAUAAUGUGCAGAUGAUAUGGCAUUUACUGUGCUUUUUUCUUUU